AUGAACUCAGUGGAACGUUUAGUUCAUUACAGUGACAAUUUAGAAAUAGAAGCUGAUGAUAUAAUACCAGACAACAGGCCACCACCUGGAUGGCCAGCUCAUGGAGAAAUUCAUAUUAAAAAUUUGAAAAUUAGAUAUAGACCUAAUAGUCCUCUGGUUUUGAAUGGUAUCUCAGUUAAUAUUAUCGCUGCUGAGAAGAUUGGGAUUGUUGGAUGUGGAAAAUCAACGUUGGCAAUGUCGUUCUUUAGAUUAAUUGAAGCAACUUCUGGAAGUAUUGUAAUUGAUGAUGUUGAUAUUAGUAAUAUUGGAUUAAAAGAUCUUAGAAGUAAUAUUACUAUUAUACCUCAGGACCCUGUACUAUUUAAUGGUACUAUAAGCAACUUGGAUCCAUUCAACAAGCAUAGCGAUCUUGAGUUAUGGAAUGCACUUCGUCGUGUACACUUAAUUAAAAAUUCUAAUUCUACUUCUGAAAAAGAAGAAUCAGAUAUUUUCCUUCCUAUUUUGGAUCAAAAAAAUUACAAACAAGAACAAAUAAUGCUUGACUCGCCUGUCAAAGAAAAUGGAUCAAAUUUUUCCCAAGGUCAACAACAACUGAUUGCAAUAGCCAGAGCACUAGUUCGUCAUUCCAAAUUAAUUAUAAUGGAUGAAGCUACUGCGAGUCUAGAUUUCAAAACUGAUCAUCUAAUACAAGCUACAAUUAGGGAAGAGUUUAAAGAUAAUACUGUUAUUACUAUUGCGCAUAGAUUGCGAACUGUCGCAGACUAUGAUAGAAUUCUGGUUAUGGUUGAAUUUGAUAGUCCAUAUAUACUGAUGCAAAAGCUUGAUGGGUUAUUUAGAGAAAUGUGUGAGAGAAGUGGUGAAUUCGCAGAAUUAAUGGAAAUUGCUAAGCAAAAAUAUGAGAAUAUAUCGUCGACACAUUGA